AUGGUGGGGACGAAUCUGAAAGCGGAGACGAUGGGUCUGAUGGAGAAGAGGAGUGCUCUAGAGGCGGAGAUGAAUGCCGUCAUCGAGCGUCUUACGCAACCCGGUGGCCCUGGAAUCUCCGGCAACCUCCUUGACUCCGAGGGUUUUCCCCGUCACGAUAUUGACAUCCCAACCGUGCGAGCGGAAAGGCGUCGUCUUGCUGAAUUGCGAAAUGAUCACAAAGAGAUUACAGAGAUUUUGAACGAAAAUAUACAAGUUCUGCACUCAGCAAGGCUUGCUCCUAAAUCAUCAUCCCUCAGAGAUUCAGAUGACCAAAGCGCAUCAGUUGUCAACGUUGUUGCAUCUGCAUCCUCAACUAAUGUUCAUAGUGAUUCUACCAAUCCCAUGGAUGUGGACGUGAUUGUGAGAGUACCCUUUGCGUUGGUUGAUGAGAUAGCUGAUGCAUCGCCAGCAGGAGAAGAUGGUUUACAGCUUGGAGAUCAGAUUGUUAAAUUCGGCAAUGUGGAAAUUGGUGAUAAUUUGCUGCAGAGACUUGCUUCUGAGGCUCAAACUAAUCAGGGCCAUGGGAUACCUGUAAUACUUGUAAGGCAAGGUGCUCAAGUCAACUUAACGGUGACACCUAGAACAUGGCAAGGCAGGGGUCUGCUGGGUGCCUUUGAGGGUCAUAAGAUACCAGGGAUAAGUUUAAACUUCUGUGAUGUCCAUCUUUCAAUGGAUAUAUGCUUGAAGGAAGAACUUGCCAUUUCCGGAUCCUGUGAGCAGUUGGUUUUCCAGUUCUUCACAAUCCUCCAGAAGAUUCAAGUCAAGACAGUUUAG